AUGAUCUGGAAGUCUGGAAGCCCGGUGCAAUGGCAAAACUUCAUCAAGUCUGUUAGGAGGCCUCUAUUUAUCAAUGACUUCGACUUCACAGACCUCAGCGAAGGCGAUGACGUGACAGUACUUAACGAGGACGGGGUUCCUUUCGCAGUAAGUGGACCUAUUCCACCUCCUCCACCGCCGAUGGAAGGUUUGGACGGGCCACCGCCACCACCGUUUGGCGUUGGUUUUGGCGGACCUCCUCGCCCGCCACGACCACCCGGAGCUCCUCCGCCUUCUUCUCCACCGUCUGGUGCACGGGCACCUUCACAAGCUCUAUUCGAAGUACCUCCAUUCGGAGCCACGGGGCCCCGUAAAACUACCCCAUCUUUCGUUCAACAAAAGCAACACUCCUCAAGCCAACUUCCAUGGGCUGCUAACAAGAAUGAACCCGGCGCACAGCCAACAAUCCAGAAGAGUAAAAAAACAGUUAAGCUCAUCUGGAAGGAAAUUAAAGAAGAUCGAAUGCUUCUAGCUCGUAUUAAGAAGCAACAUACGAUAUGGGAUGAACUCUGUUCGGAAGAGAUCGACACGGCCAAGCUAGAGGAGCUAUUCGAAAACAAAGCCAAAGACCUUAUGAAACAGUUACCGAAUCCUCGGACGAUUCGGGCGGCGAUCCUAAAGAUGGACUCCACAGUCAUGAACCGGGAAGGCAUCGAGAGAAUCCUUACGGCGACGAUACCGUCGGCUGAGGAGAUGAACAAAAUGGUCGAGGCUCAAAUGGCCAACCCAGAGGUGCCGCUUGGCAAUGCCGAAAACUUGCUACUGACGCUGUCGUCCAUUACCGAGCUCGAGCCACGGCUCAAAUACAUCUGUAGUAUUCUUGUUAUAUACUAUUACACAGCCGAGGCUCUCAGUGAACACCGUUUAACAACUAGCUAA